CUACCUGGAACCGUGCGAGCUGUGUAUCUCCCCCACUUCAUCUGCCUGUCAGAUGUAGACAUCAGUGGGUGCUCGAUUGCCCAUUUUGAAUUCCAGAAGAUGACCAUACAGCAACCAACAGAAGUGAUGGCCUUCUCCGCUGUCCUGGAGAAUCCCAGCUUCUCUCUUCUUGGAGUGGUUUGGAGAAAGUUACGUUCAGCCAUUUCUCUCCCUAUGCACUCCUUAGUGCUGAUCUUCCAGCAGCUCUCCGCUGCAAAUACAACCCUGCAUCUCUACCUGAUCCCAGAUGACAGCUCUGUGAAGGAGGCCAUUGAAAGACAAGAGACAAGCUGGAACUCAAAGCUUAUUCCCAAGCCUCAUCCAUUCCAUCCCCUGUUUUUUGGCCACAGAUACCAGGUGUCCAGUAACACUCAAGUGAAGAUUACACCUGAACCACACUUGCCAUUUUGCUACAAGAGUCCAGAGGACCAACAGCUCUUUGUUGAGAUCUACAUCAGGAAAAUGGCUGAGGAAGUGGAAUUCUUUAUCACAGAUGGACAGAAUGACACCGAGGUCUGGAGGGCAUCGCUGAGGUCAGGUGAUAUUAGUCAUUCUAGAAACGAAUCCAAAAAGCUUUCAGGUGCAGCCUUCCUGAAGAAGCACAAGACAGAGCUUUGUUCCAGGAUGGGGCAGCUCUCCUCCAUUCUGCUAAAUUUAAGUGUUGAAGAUGUAAUCAACAGUGAAGAAGAAGAGGAGGUGCAAGCUCAAAAUACAAAACAAAAGAAGAAUCAAUUUCUGCUGGACCUAGUGGAGAAAAAAGGGCUCAAGGCCCAAGAGAAGCUCUUUCAGAUCCUCCAGACAAAAGACCCAUUCCUUGUUGAAGAC